GACCAUUUACCAGUACGUAGAAUUACUUACUACCUGCAUGCUGGUGUGAAGUAGAUAUGAUAAGACUUUCCAAGUUGUAUUUGUCGUAGCGUAAAUAGAUACACUGGUACAGGUACCUAGUUUUAAAUUCGUGUUUAAUGUGAAAUGUUGUCUCCCCUUCUCACUUCUGCUCAAUUUGAAUAGAAUUUUUGUUUACAUUUUCGGGUUUCAUUCGUUUUCUUUAAUCGGGAAUGUUAUUUUCGUGAGUUGAAAACGCGAAGGACAAAAUCCCGAUCACAAUAUCAACCGCGUAUGCAUAACGUUUGUUUUUAUAAUAGAAUUUGAAUUCUUGAAAAAUACGACCUCGAUCUCAUACUGUGGAGGGACCAUUACAAAUAACCAAAACAACAAACUUUCAUCAGAUGUUUUUUAGAGGUCAAACACCUACAGAUUAAGCCAAAGACUCAUUUAGAACAAGAAAACAAGAGGAAAUGCGAAAACUUGAAAUAUUCUCGUACAUAUUGAUCAUAUUUUCGCUUUUUUGUGGUACUCAUCAGACAGAAAAAGAUGCAACGAUUAAAAUUUGGUACCAAUGGACCUUUGUCCAUUUUCAGUACCCCAAUGGACAAACUCAAGCAGAAGCAGUAAAAAAACAUCUCUACAAACGGGAAAAUGUCGCCAUCAUAGAUGCAGAUUAUUAUUCUCUCGAUGAAAAAUCUCCGAAAAGGGUCUUCAUCACGACACCGCAGCUCAAAGAUGGAAUACCAUUCACCAUUUCGGAAGUUACCACAGAACUCGAUGCUCGAGGAGAACAUUUACUGAGACCAUUUCCUAGCUUUGAUGAAUCAGCAGGGAGUAGCUCUGAUCCUUCAACUUGCGAAUUUGCAAAAUCUGUGUUUCGAGUACAUAUUGAUAAAUGUGGCUUAUUAUGGGUUCUGGACUCGGGAAGAGUGAAUGUUUUCGUCAAUUCCACAAAAGUAUGUCCUCCAAAAUUGCUGAUAUACGAUUUGAAAAAUCACGAUAAAUUAUUAUUAAGAUACGAAUUUCCUGAUGGUAUUGUCAUCGAAGGGAGUCUUCCAAUCACUCUAGUGACCGAAUCUUACAAAUCGGAUUGUACGGAUAGUAUCGCUUAUAUCGCAGACUGCAGCGCUCAUGGACUAAUUGUAUUUGAUUUAAAAAAGAGAAGCAGCUCGAGAGUAAAGCACAAUUACUUUUGGCCGACGCAAACCUCUGGCACAGCGACCGUUGCUGGAACCACAUUUGAUCUUAUGGACGGAGUAUUUGGUCUAGCUUUGGGACCUGGAGACGCCAACACGCGAAAAUUAUACUUCCACAGUUACGCCAGUUUUCGAGAAUCCUACGCUCUGGUCAGCGUUCUGAAAAAUACCACCAUUACUCAAAAUCCUGAUAAGAUCAGAGACAAAAUAAAGAUCAGCGUCGAAGCUCGUUCUGGCCAAUCCACUGUCGAAGUGAUGACCAAAGGUGGAAUACUUUUGUUCGCCGAUAUACCAGGAUUAUCGGUCAAGUGUUGGAAUUCGAAUACUCCUUUUGUAAAAGAAAAUUUACACGUUGUUUAUCAAAGUUAUGAAAAUUUACAAUUCAUCAAUGGGAUGAAAUUGAAGAACGAUAAGGAAUUGACGAUCACUUCUUCUAAACUGCAGAAUUAUGCUAUAGGUCAUUCGAACGGUCCGGAUGUCAAGUAUCGGGUGAUUUUUAUCGACGAUGUGCACAAACUACUCAAAGGAUCGCCGUGUCUAAAAUCAUAAGUGAUCAGCAAACCAAACCAGUUGAUUCGACCACACCAAGAUGUUUCCAAUCUUGGAUCUAUUUUUAGAAUUCAACUACAAUUUUGAUGCUGCAUAGAUUAGAAAUUCAUCGUUUUAAAAAUAUAUCAUGCAAGCACAUGAA